GCCGGCCGUGACCGCGGCGACAGCGGUGACCCAGUGAGAGGAAGGCGGGGACGGUAGCAGGUCGUGGUCCUCGGGGUUUGGGUUGGAGCUGGAAAUUUAAAAUUGUUUGGAGUCAACACUGAUUCCAACCAUGGGUUUGUCCGCCUCUACCCCUGCUGUUCCAGUUCAGACCUCAAAUGCUUCAGAUCAUCAGACAGCAUCACCGCCUUCAGGAUGCCCAAUGCAUGAAGGGAAAAUGAAAGGCUGUCCAAUGAAUGCAGAACCCUCUGGUCCAACCUGUGAGAGCAAAACAUACUCUGUGCCUGCCCACCAAGAUCGUGCAUAUGAGUAUGUGGAGUGUCCUGUUACAGGCGCUGCUGCUAAGAAUAAGGAGAACCUGGAUCCUUCAAAUCUGAUGCCACCACCUAAUCAAACACCAGCUCCAGAUCAGCCCUUUGCAUUGUCUACCGUCAGAGAGGAGUCAUCCAUUCCACGAGCAGAUUCAGAGAAAAAGUGGGUUUAUCCUUCCGAACAGAUGUUCUGGAAUGCAAUGUUAAGGAAAGGGUGGAAGUGGAAGGAUGAGGAUAUUAGUCAGAAAGAUAUGUAUAAUAUCAUUAAAAUUCACAAUCAGAACAAUGAACAGGCCUGGAAGGAGAUUUUGAAGUGGGAAGCUCUUCAUGCUGCGGAGUGCCCUUGUGGUCCAUCCUUGAUCCGAUUUGGAGGGAAAGCAAAACACUAUUCACCAAGAGCAAGAAUUCGUUCCUGGAUGGGGUAUGAGCUGCCUUUUGACAGGCACGAUUGGAUCAUCAACCGCUGUGGCACAGAAGUUAGAUAUGUUAUAGAUUAUUAUGAUGGUGGUGAAGUCAACAAGGACUACCAGUUCACCAUCUUGGACGUCCGCCCUGCCUUGGAUUCGCUUUCAGCAGUAUGGGACAGAAUGAAAGUUGCUUGGUGGCGCUGGACAUCAUAACCACUGUUUUGUUUGUGAUGCAAAGUAUAAACUAUUUUUUUUCUGAGAGAUACAUUAAACUAUUUUCCCCAAACUGAA